UAUUUCCUGAGGAAGUUUAGAUGACUCUUGUGUUGAAGAUAAAUCUCCAUGUUGUAACAUGAACUACUACAGAGGAGGUUUUAAAUCCUUUGCCAGGUGUUUCUACGUCUGUCUGUCCCAACCGUGAGGCUGCAGUCAGGAAACUUUACAGCUGUGUAGUUGAGAUCUAAAUGAAGCUGAGUUUGAAGAUGGGGGUCUGAGCCUUUCUCCUGCUGUCAGAAAACACAUCGUCGUCUCCACCAGCGUAAAGUCAGACACAACAGGACUCUACUGUUUCCUCUGGGACCUUUCAGAAUAAAAUGUAGUGACCUAAAUGCCUCUGUUACUGUUGCAGUGAUGUGUGGAGGAGGAGAAGUGUCUUUAAUGUCAUUGUUUUUAACGUCUCAGGCAGGGUUUCUCUACCAUUGGAGCCGUUUUAGGUACCACCUAACUGAAUUAAUGUGAAGUCAAUCCCUUCCUGCCUGCUUCCUGACAGGUGGAGCUGGGACUCAUUCCAGGAAACAGCUCACCUGUGUCAGAGAUUUCUCUCCAGGUGGAGAGUAACACUCUUCUUCAUCAACUCUUCUUCAUCAACUCUUCUUCAGCAACUCUUUGGACCGUUUGAAGAAACUGAACCAUCAGAGACCAGACCCUGCUGAACCUGAACCUGAACGCAGCUGUGUGUCCAUGAAGAGUCACCGGUCCAUGGAGAUACCACUACUUUGAAAAAAAAGACCUGUAAGGGAGAGUCGAGUAGAAAUGGAGGAGAGGCUACUUGAAAUGGAAGAGAGAGUAUUGAUGGAGAGACUUGAAUGGCAGAAGGAGCGAAUUGCAAUGAAAAGGGAAAUUGAAAUGUUAAGAAGAUUGAGGACCAAAUCAGAGGCACCUGAACCUGAACCCAGUUGUGUGUCCUUUAAGAGCGACCAGUCACAUGAUGGUUGCUAUAUUGACUUUAAAGGAGAGCAACCCUCUGCUAAAAAGAGGAUCUAUCAAAGACCAGACUCUGCUGAACCUGAAGCCAGCUGUGUGUCCUUCAAGAGCGACCGGUCAACUUAUCGCUAUAUUGACUUUAAACACCAACAACCCUCUGCUGGAAAGAGAGUGGACCAGGAGAGUGCAGAGGUUCCCAGUGGUCAGUCUGCCCAGCAGCAUCAAACACACCUGGACUCCAUAUUUAUGCUGCUGGAGGAGAACAUCUUCACUUUUGUGAAGAACGAGCUGAAGAAGAUCCAAAAGCUUCUGAGUCCAGAUUACCCAGAAUGCUCAGAGAGUCAGUGGGAGGAUGAGGAUGAAGAGCAGAGGAGGAGCAGAGAGGCAUUUCUGAAGAUCACACUGCACUUCCUGAGGAGAUUGAAGCAGGACGAGCUGGCUGACUGUCUGCAGAGCAGAAGUCCAGCUGGAGUUUGUAAGCGUAAACUCAAAUCUAAACUAAACAAGAAGUUCCAGUGUGUGUUUGAGGGGAUUGCUAAAGCAGGAAACCCAACCCUUCUGAAUCAGAUGUUCACAGAGAUCUACAUCACAAAGGGAGGGACUGCAGAGGUCAAUGCUGAACAUGAGGUCAGACAGAUUGAAACAGCAUCCAGGAAACCAAACAGACCAGAAACAACAAUCAGACAUGAAAACAUAUUUAAAGCCCCACCUGAAAGAGAUGAACCAAUCAGAACAGUGCUGACAAAGGGAGUGGCUGGCAUCGGGAAAACAGUCUUAACACAGAAGUUCACUCUGGACUGGGCUGAAGACAAAGCCAACCAGGACAUCCAGUUCACAUUUCCAUUCACUUUCAGAGAGCUGAAUGUGCUGAAAGAGAAAAAGUACAGCUUGGUGGAACUCAUUCGUUACUUCUUUAGUGAAACCAAAGAAGCAGGAAUUUGCAGGUUUGAAGAGUUCGAGGUUGUCUUCAUCUUUGACGGUCUGGAUGAGUGCCGACUUCCUCUAGACUUCCUCAACACUAAAAUCUUGACUGAUGUUACAAAGUCCACCUCAGUGGAUGUGCUGCUGACAAACCUAAUCAGGGGGAAUCUGCUCCCCUCUGCUCGCCUCUGGAUAACCACACGACCUGCAGCAGCCAAUCAGAUCCCUCCUGGGUGUGUUGACAUGGUGACCGAGGUCAGAGGGUUCACUGACCCUCAGAAGGAGGAGUACUUCAGGAAGAGAUUCACAGAUGUGAAGCAGGCCAGCAGAAUCAUCUCCCACAUCAAGAAAUCCCGAAGCCUCCACAUUAUGUGCCACAUCCCAGUCUUCUGCUGGAUCACUGCUACAGUUCUGGAGGACAUGUUGAAGACCAGAGAGGGAGGAGAGCUGCCUAAGACCCUGACUGAGAUGUACAUCCACUUCCUGGUGGUUCAGUCCAAAGUGAAGAACAUCAAGUAUGAUGGAGGAGCUGAGACAGAUCCACACUGGAGUCCAGAGAGCAGGAACAUGAUCAAGUCUCUGGGAAAACUGGCUUUUGAGCAGCUGCAGAAAGGCAACCUGAUCUUCUAUGAAUCAGACCUGACAGAGUGUGGCAUCGAUAUCAGAGCAGCCUCAGUGUACUCAGGAGUGUUCACACAGAUCUUUAAAGAGGAGAGAGGACUGUACCAGGACCAGGUGUUCUGCUUCGUCCAUCUGAGUGUUCAGGAGUUUCUGGCUGCUCUUCAUGUCCAUCUGACAUUCAUCAACUCUGGAGUCAACCUGCUGGCAGCAAAACAAACAACAUCAACACAGUUCUACCAGAGUGCUGUGGACGAGGCCUUACAGAGUCCAAAUGGACACCUGGACUUGUUCCUCCGCUUCCUCCUGGGUCUUUCACUGCAGACCAAUCAGAGUCUCCUACGAGGUCUGCUGACACAGACAGGAAGUAUCUCACAGACCAAUCGGGAAACAGUCGAGUACAUCAAGAAGAAGAUCAGUGAGAAUCUGUCUGCAGAGAGAAGCAUCAAUCUGUUCCACUGUCUGAAUGAACUGAAUGAUGGUUCUUUAGUGGAGGAGAUCCAACGGUCCCUGACUUCAGGAAGUCUCUCAACAGAUAAACUGUCUCCUGCUCAGUGGUCAGCUCUGGUCUUCAUCUUACUGUCAUCAGAAGAAGAUCUUGACGUGUUUGACCUGAACAAAUACUCUGCUUCAGAGGAUGCUUUUCUGAGGCUCCUUCCAGUGGUCAAAGCCUCCAACAAAGCUCUACUGAGUGGCUGUAACCUGUCAGAGAGAAGCUGUGAAGCUCUGUCCUCAGUUCUCAGCUCCCAGUCCUCUAUUCUGAAACAGCUGGACCUGAGUAACAACGCGCUGCAGGAUUCAGGAGUGAAGCUGAUCUCUGAUGGACUGAAGAGUCCACACUGCACACUGGAAACUCUCAGGUUGAGUGGCUGUAAUCUGUCAGAGAGAAGCUGUGAAGCUCUGUCCUCAGUUCUCAGCUCAGAGUCCUCUAGUCUGAGAGAGCUGGACCUGAGUAACAACAACCUGCAGGAUUCAGGAGGGAAGCUGAUCUGUGUUGGACUAAGGAGUCCACACUGCACACUGGAGACUCUCAGGGUGGAGCCUGCUGGAGUCAGAUGGUUGACACCAGGUCUGAGGAAGUAUUCCUGUGAACUCACACUGGACACAAACACAGUGAACAGAAAACUCAAACUGUCUGACAACAACAGGAAGGUGACAUUAGUGGAGGAGGAUCAGCCAUAUCCUGAUCAUCCAGAGAGGUUUGACUACUGGUAUUAUCAGCUGCUGUGUAGAGAUGGUCUGACUGGUCGCUGUUACUGGGAGGUCCAGAGGAGAGGAGAUGUUGAUAUAUCAGUGAGUUACAGAGGAAUCAGGAGGAGAGGAGACAGUGAUGACUGUGUGUUUGGAUGUAAUGAUCAGUCCUGGAGUCUGUUCUGCUCUGAUCGUGGUUACUCUGUCUGUCACAAUAACAGAGAAACAUCCAUCUCCUCCUCCUCUGUCUCUGGUAGAGUAGCAGUGUAUGUGGACUGUCCUGCUGGCUCUCUGUCCUUCUACACAGUCUCCUCUGACUCACUGAUCCACCUCCACACCUUCAACACCACAUUCACUCAGCCUCUCUAUCCUGGGUUUGGGUUCAGGUUCGGUUCUGGUUCUGGUUCCUCAGUGUCUCUGUGUCCUCUGUAGGACGGAGAGUCUCCUCCUGUUUCUCACUGCUGAUCAGUUGAGUCUGUACAGGAUCAC